GUGCUCGACCAGGGGAUUUUUCUUUACAUCCCGCGAAUUUUCUGCGCGCUCUCGUUUUUGGUGAAUCCAGUGUUUGUCUAUCUGAUUUUCACUGAGAAAUCCGCAAACUUCGGCAAUUACCGAUAUCUGCUCUUGUAUUUUGCAAUUUUCAAUUUGAUUUAUUCAAUUGUGAAUGUAGUUGUUCCAUUGGACAUCCACAGCUAUCGCUACUGCUUCUUCCUCACGGUGAGACAUGGCUGGUUCUCUGAAGCUUCCGAAAUUAACUUCCACAUGAUGGCCGGCCGAUGUUCUCUAGUGGCUGGAAGUUACGCGGUUCUCCUCAUUCAUUUCAUAUAUCGGUACCUCGUCAUCCAUAACUCUAGUCUGACCAAACAGAAUUUUCACUGGUAUCUGAUCGCAUUUGUUUUCGCAUUGUACUUCGUGACGUGGCACGCGAUUUGUUACUUCCCAGCACGCGCAAAUGUGGAAAUCAGAGAGUACAUUCGCAAAGACUUUUUCGAAAUUUAUGGCACUGAUUCAAUGGAUUACAAUACGCUCGGAGCAUUGUUUCAUGAAGGAUCAGCGGAAACAACUUUCCAAUCUUGGGAGGCCAUAAUGAUGUUGUCCACAGUCUCAGUGGCAUCUAUAAUAGCAUUUCUUGUCAUGGCCAGAAUGAUUAUGGCUAGGUUGAAGAAAAUGACAGUUAAUGCUAGUAAGAAGACGUCGAAAUUUAACGUGGAACUAUUGAGAGCAUUGAUUGUUCAAACAGUGAUCCCGAUUUUCAUAAGCUUUUCUCCAUGUCUCAUUUGCUGGUACAGUCCUAUGUUUAACAUUCAACUUGCAAGAGGAUUCAACUACCUUGAAGUCAGUGCUCUCGGAGUGUUUGCGUUUGUCGACCCGGUGGCCAUAAUCCUGUGUCUUCCAAUUUUCCGAAAAAAAAUUUUGAAUUUCUGGAAGAGGAUUCCGUCACUCGCGGUUGACGCAAAGGAGAGCACAGAUCAGCGAAAUCAGUAG